AUGGCUUCAGAAAUCACUUAUGCAGAAGUGAGGAUCACGAAUGAAUCCGACUCCUUGGACACCUACUCAAAAUGUCCUGCAGCUCCCAGAGAGAAACCUAUCCGUGAUCUAAGAAAGCCUGGUUCCCCCUCACUGCUUCUUACAUCCCUGAUGCUACUUCUCCUGCUGCUGGCAAUCACAUUCUUAGUUGCUUUUAUCAUUUAUUUUCAAAAGUACUCUCAACUUCUUGAAGAAAAAGAAGCUGCAAAAAAUAUAAUGUACAAGGAAUUGAACUGCAUAAAAAAUGGUUCACUCAUGGAAGACAAAGUCUGGAGCUGUUGCCCAAAGGAUUGGAAACCAUUUGUUUCCCACUGCUACUUCAUUUUGAAUGACUCGAAGGCAUCUUGGAAUGAGAGUGAGGAGAAGUGCUCCCACAUGGGUGCUCAUCUGGUGGUGAUCCACAGCCAGGCAGAGCAGGAUUUCAUCACCAGCAACCUGAACACAAGUGCUGGUUAUUUUAUAGGACUUUUGGAUGCUGGUCAAAGACAAUGGCGAUGGAUUGAUCAGACACCAUACAAUAAGAGUGCUACGUUCUGGCACAAAGGUGAGCCCAACCAAGAUUGGGAACGAUGUGUUAUAAUAAAUCAUAAAACAACUGGAUGGGGCUGGAAUGAUAUCCCUUGCAAAGAUGAACACAAUUCAGUUUGUCAGGUGAAGAAAAUAUACUUAUGAAUCACACAUUCUUCAUGGGGAUUUGAUUUCUUUGUUAGCCGUCAUAACAUGGAUACCUGGGAAGUUCUCAAAGUGGAAGAGCAGCUCACAGAAUUUAAGGGGACAGCAAAUGGUUAUGCACAUGACACACUGGCCCACAUAUAUCCUUGUUCAUUUAUCUACUUACUCAGAGUUAAAAUGAAGUUUCAUUGAGAAUUUUUAUGUACCAGAGAAUAUACAGAGUCCCUUUUGGGUACACCUGGAGCUUUUUGCCAACUCCCCAAGGUUUCAUUUACUCAUGCCAUAUUAUGAUAUUUUCUCUUGGUCUAUUUGUGCUUUUUAAUAUGUCUUUGGAUUUAUUGACAUUAAAUUGAGAAGUAAAAUUAUAUAUAUUUAAGUGUC